AUUCACGGAAUGAGUCAAUCACUCGUCAAGCAAAUGAGUCAAUGCAUUCAUACAGACAAUUAUUCACUCUAAUAGACAAAUCAGACCAGUCGUUGCGUGGCACACCUAUUUGCGGUUGCUACAGCUUCAUCCCACUUCUCCCUGAACUGCUGUCCCUUAAACCGGCCAGUGAUAAGAGGCACGUCCGGCAGCGGUCUGUCGUACUCGUCCGCAGGUAUCAUUCGUGUGCUUACUUUGCUGUCAUAGCUGAGCACGGCACGAUGUGUCUCACUCUUGGCUGCGAGAAUCUGUCGCUCGAGCUGUAGCUUGAUCAUCUGCAUCCCGAGCUCCGCCUUGACGUUGUCACCCCCUCCCUUCAUUGUGUGAUUCUCCUCUAUUACGUGCGCCUCUCGAUUCAUCGACUCAUGGGCCUGCAUACAUCCCAACAGACCGAAAACUGGGUCUCCCUUGACGAGUGAGGCGGCGAGAUGAAAGAACACGUGGCACUCCAGGAGAUGCAUGGAUGGCUUGUAUAUGUCCAGCCAUUUCAGCCUGCAUGGCGCAAAAAAACAUGUUCGUGCACCGAGACACCAAAAUUCAUCAGUUCACGUCUCGCCGCUUACAUCGUCAUUCCCACAAUCUUCAUCUGCCAGAUGUGCUCGCGGAAGGUCUCCAGCUCUGCCUUGGUCGGUACCGUCGUCCGCAAGCAAAAGCGGAUAAUCCAGCCGAAUGACAUGAAUGAAGAAACAGCAGACACUUCCCUCCUUCUUGAGGCCGACAUCCGUAAGUAGAUCGAGGAAGAGAUCGAGGUUUGUGAUCCACAUUAAGAUGUCUCGAGCAUGCAGCUUGCCCUUCGGGUCCUCGAAAAUACACUCCUUCUUUCCCUCAAUCGCCUCGUCCUCUUCCUGUGUCUUGGUAGCCUGUGCAGUCUGCUCUUGAAUGUCUUCGUCGAGCACCUCAUUGACCUCUGCAUCCGUCACCUCCUUCAGCUCAUCCCAUUCCUUGAUCUGCUCAAAGGUCGCGUCACCCUCCUCUGGUGGUAAGCGCUGGACUGCAGACGAGACAUCCAUCCAGCAAUAGUGUUCACUACACGUCACAUUUGCAACGUACCUCCUUCAGUGCGACCAGCGAGGACCGGCAUGAGGUUGACAGGCAGUUUGAGUCUGUCACACAGCGCUGCACGACAGCAAACAUAUGAUAUUGUACCAGCAUCUGGCGGGACUCACCGUGAAGUCUUCGGAUAACACGAAGUGCAUCUGACCGCUUCCCAGGAUUGGCCUUGAUCCACGCGCGCACCAUCUUGUAGGAUGUGGUGCGGAGACAUAUGAGCGCCCAAGUGUCGGACCUCAGGAUGAUAUGCAAGAUGUCUGGAGGGUAGUUCGAAAGCGGGACGCUCGUGAGCAAUGGUUUGCGAAUCUGCCCACGACGCUCAAGAUUGCAUUUCGUCCUGUGCUUGUGGCGGUCUGCGUGUGGGCAAUUACACGCCAGGACCUCAGAGGCCCUCUGAGUCAUCAUCACCACAUUCCGUGUUGGCCCUCUCAGCUCCUCCACAUUGCGGCGCUCGAUUAGAGACCCCAACCAGUAUGUAGUCAUGAAGCCGCUGUUCAAGUGCUUUACAUUUGCAUAGCACCGCUGGCAAGGAUUGGCGGCCGCAGACCCGGCGAGACCGAGAAUCAGUCCGAUCCAUUUCUGAGACGACACAACAAGACCAGAGACAUAUCAACUAUGUCCGUGUCUCCCGCACCUGGUCACCCAAGAUAAAGAGACCGUCCACAGCUUCCCUUUAAUGUAAGCCUGAAAUCCGCGCUGUAGGAGCAUGAUGUCUUUGUCCAGCCGCUUCAUCCAUGGCUUGAGUCCGUCAUAGUUUUCCGUCCCGUUCAGCAAAGCAAAGACAAACAGUGAGUGGGAAGAAUGGGAUGAAAACAAGGGCCCGGUGUCGCUGAUGUGUUCAGUGACGACGCGUGCGGCAAGAGUGACUGCUUGCUUGUUCUGUCGCAUCCUCAUUAGUUGGCUGCCGUCACCAGAUAUGCAAAGUGGGAGUGAUCUCUCCUUCACCCGUGGUACAUUUCUCCAAAUUCACCCGCCACACAUCUAACAUAACAGCUGGGUGCGUCUUCACAAGCCAUUUGAAGAGGUAAUAUGGACUCGCAUACGUGGAAGAGAAGUGCUCAUUGGGGCUGCGGUCCACACGGGCAUAGGGAAGGUCAGCCCUCACGUCAUCCAAAUUCGGGAGAUACUCCUCUUCCAUCCUCGGCAGGUAGCGUGCCCUCUCCUCUUGGACGCUCGUCUUCGACGGGACGAUUUGUGGUUUGUUAGAAUCCUUCACCCAGCGAGACAUCCCAACCCGUCU